AUGAUGCAAAAUAAAAUUAAGCUCAAGGAAUUCAAGAAUGGAGAUGGGUUUUAUGGCGGCUCUUCUUCCCUCGUUUUCCUGCCGCCUAAUUUGGUUCUAGUCCUUGAGUUUUUGGGAAAGAGAACAAGGGUCUCUAUUCUUGCUGAUGAGAUCUUAAAGAAAGUGGAGUAUAAUGCCUUGAGGAUUGUAUUCAACAAGUUUCACUCAGUAGUUUCAUUUGUGCCGACAGUCUCAACUGUAUUAUCACCUGAAAUUGUUGAAAGGGAAUCUGAAUCUGGGGGAAAACUUGGUGAACUAGACCCCUAUGAAGUUGAGGGUGAUGAGACAAAGGGUGAAAUACUUCAAAAUCUGGCUAAGUUCCAGUUCUCUUAUGUAAGUCCCUGCUGUUUGAAAGAAAUGUCCUUAUUUCUUGUUAUUCUGCGUGAAAGUCAUACCAUGUAGGCAUGAACUAUAAGACUAAAUAAAUGAACCCUAUUUUUCAAAAUUUUGAAUUUAAUUGAUACCCUAGGUCAUUGAGAGUUGUUUUAUGGUGACAAGAUUAAUACAAAUAAUUCCUAUGGCACAAGCAGCCGAUAUUUUGUCCAUGGCAAAAUGCAGUAAUAAGCUCCACUACUACCUGAAAGGGAAAAAACAUAUAAACAGAGGGGAUGCACUGGGAAGAAGAGGAAGCAAGGGACUAAGCAUUUAGACGAACGGUUGGUGAACAGAAAUAAGGUAGACACGAUAACUGCAGAUUCAUCGUCAAUACCAACACACACCUAUAUGAUGAUGAUGAUGAUGAUGAUGAUGAUGAUGUUAUUAGCCUUUGAAGCCCUCAGCCAACCGAACCCGAACUUAAGACUUUCACUUUCUAGUUCAUGAAUUACAGAUAUGAUCCCCUUGCUUUGUUUGCCCUUUUGUUUGUUUAGGUAAGAAGACAGACAUGUUU